UGUGAUGGCAUGACUUGAUUAAGUGGUAAAAAGUCUCUAUUAAAAUUCCUUUCUGUUGUGACAAAAUGCCUAAAGGAAGGUUCCCAUUUCGAAGAACAUUGGAAUUUUUAUCUGCUGGUAGAGUUAUAUUAAAAAAAGAUGUGCGAUCAGUCAUGCUGUCAUAUACUCACAAAGAAGAAAGCAAGGGUCUCAGGAACUUUAUUUACAAAGAUUUGCCCCAGAUUCAAUAUAAAAACAACGGCGUUCARUUCAUAUCAUCAAGAAAUACAUCAGAGAUACCAAAAGUUGAYAUAUUCUUUGGUGAUGGAAGAAAAGUUUUAAUUGAUGUUGAAAACAAAAAGGCACCAGAAAUCCUAGAUAUUUUUGAACAAGUAGCAGGAGCAACCGAAAGUGAGUUGCAGAUAAGACGGCAGCCCAAGUAUCCUGGUAGAAUCAACCCUGCCAACUUUGGUAAAUACGGUCAUUGCUACUGUAUCUGUGAGAAACCAGGUCAAGUACCAUGUCCCUCUAGAGUACCAAGACCAGAAGCACGUAAAACUAAACCAUGGCAAGAAAAAGACAGUUGACUUAAAUCCUACAUAAUUUUGUACAAAACACAUUCUUGAAAUAUUAUUUGUAUUGACACUGGUGAAAAACGCACUGUACAUGUCCACAGCUUUCCCUAAAGUCAGCGCUCCCGUCUUGAAAUCUGCCUAAUUUAACA